AUGUCGGUCACCAUCGGGAUUCUAGGCAAGCGCUGCUUGCCUCUGGAAAAGGCCAAGGGACCAACACUGCUCUUCCAUACAGCCCUUCAAGGCGCAUUUGCAGAACACCAGUCAAGACUGCAAAAUCUUCAUCUCAAACGCAAAAUCGCGACUGUGCUCGUGAAGACUACGGAGGACCUCGAGCGAUGUGAUGGACUCAUUAUUCCGGGUGGCGAAUCAACCACUAUCGCCCUUCUGGCACGGCUUUCGGGUCUGACAGACGCUCUCAAGCAAUUCAUCCAAUCCAAACCGGUCUGGGGCACUUGUGCUGGCGCUAUUCUGCUAUCGAGAUCGGUCACUGGUGCGAAGAAAGACGGACAAGAGCUGUUUGGAGGCGUGUCAGUUGACAUUGCGAGGAAUGGCUGGGGUUCGCAGGUCGAAUCGUUCGAGGCAGCUCUGGACGUCAAUGGCCUCUCUGACUCGGCAGUACCGUAUACGGGCAUCUUCAUUCGUGCUCCGGUUGUCAUUGGGCUAGAUUCAAAUGCUGCAAUCCAAGUCAUCGCACGACUACCACCCAAUCUACUUCCAGAGCCAGUGGACGACGAGAAUGACCCACGAACUAUCGUCGCUCUCCGGGAAGGCCAACAUUUGCUGACGACCUUCCAUCCUGAGCUGACAAAAGACGAUCGGUUUCAUGAUUACUUUGCGCGGAACUGCGUCUUUCCAACUCUUGCCUCAUAG